CACCUCAAGCUUGCAUGUGUCCCUGAAAUCCUCGGGACCUGGAGACUAGGAAUCCAGUUCUCACUCUCAGAGCGAAUUCCUGCCAGCGUUCCGAACGCGACGAUGGCUGACAAUGACCCAAGAACGAGGCUGUUUCCUGGCUCUGACGGCUGCUCGUUGGCUCUAAGCGGAGGCGCGAGCAGCGGCAGCAGCAGCAGAAGCAGAGAAAGCGAGUACAGCAGCGCCGGGCCCAGAGGCAACGAUUAUAGCAGGUUCAGCAGCGGUAACAACAAGAGCAGCGCGAGCAACAUAGGCGGGAGUCAGGGUGGUCGGAGAUUAGAAUUGUCGGCCAAUUCGCCGAUCAUGGCGGAAGCGAAGUCUCAGGCCCAGGGGUACCGUACCGAAGCGUCCCACCUGAGGGGCGUGCUGGCAGCGGUGUUGGGCGAGUUUCACGAUGCCGACACCAUGGACGCCGCUGUUGAAAUGGCGCAGCUCUGCCAGCUUCUCGCUGUCUCCGACCCGCAUUCUAUCCCCAGCGCUGUGACCCACCUAUCAACGCGCGCGUGGCACUGCCAGCAGCUGCUGCAGCAGAUGAAACAGACCCAGGCGGGCUUGCAGGCGAGAGCGGAGGAGGUGGCUGCUCUUGCUGAGUGCGUUGAGAGCUGGAAGGCGCAGCUGCCAUCGGACGAUGACAUCAGCAGGGCCACGGAUGACGUGGCAGACAGGACGAGGAGAAUGGCGCAGGAGCAGCAGCAGCUGAGCCUGCAGCGGUCCGCGGCUCAGGGCUCUCUCGAGGCGGCAAGCUACAGUGCUGAUGUGGACAUGGCCGCCCUGCUACAGCUGGCAGAGGAGGUGCAGGGGGAGGAGGAAGCGGUGGGGCGGCUGCAGCAGGAUCUCGCGAUCUACUCUGACUUGCCCACGGACAUCACCCUGGCUCACAAACACCUGGCGAGGGAGAGGGAGAGGCUGCGAGCGCUGUCAAAGAAGCUGCAGGCGUGGAGCAUGGGGGAGAUAGACGAGGGUGAGGGGCAGGAGGGUUACGUGCCUCCGUCUCCUGGGGAGGAAGAGACGGUGGGGGCGUGGGGCAUGGGGGACGUGGGGGGGAGUGGGGGGCCUGUGGUGCCGUCUCCUGGAUUCUAGGGGCGCAGGAGUCAGUUCAGCUCAGAAGCCACCUGGCGAGGGAAAGGCAGAGGCUGCGAGUUCUGUUGAGGAAGCUGCAGAUGUGGAGCUUGGGGCAGCUGGAGGAGGGUGCGGGGCGUUAGGGGCAUGAGGGGCAUGAGGGGCAUGAGGAGCAUGGGGGGCAUGAGGAGCAUGAGGAGCAUGGGGGGCAUGAGGGGCCUGAGGGGUGUGAGGGCCGUGAGGGGCAUUUUGGAGAUGGAAGCCACCUGGCAAGGGAGAGGUAGAGGCUGUCAGGCUGUCGAAGAAGCAUGGGGGAGAUAGAGAGCCUGGGGUACGGGCCCAGGUCCCCAGGGGAGUGGGCCACGGGCAAGCUGGAGGACCUGAGCUGCCGAGACCCGGGGUCUAGGAGUGCAAGAGUUGGGCACAUGGUGAGGGGCCUAGCGAAGCUGCAGCGUGGAGCAUGGGGGGGCCGUGGGAGGGGCAGGGGCUCGCACUGAGGAGAAGGGGGGCUCGUAUGGCUGUCCUGUCCUGGGUUCUAGGUCUACCGGAGCCUGUUCAAAGGGUGCCUGGUCGGGUGUUGAGGGGGGGCGGGGAGAGGGGGAGAAGAACUGUGUGCAUGGGCGAGCUUGAGGAAGCCGAGGGCACGUGCUGCUGCUGUUUUCAGGGACCAGAAAACCUAGAAACGCAUGCCAUUAUCGGUAGGUUUCAACUCCAAUGAAUGAAUCGAGGUGCAGGCAAGAGUACAGUGUACACUUCAUCCAUAGCAUGUCAGUCAGGGUGUGUCCAGCGCGUGCGUCUUUUUGUCAAAACCCUACCCAACCAUUUUAGAUUUGUUAUCGAUCUUUCUGACCAGUGAGGCACCUCACCUCACCCUACCGCAAUCAAACGUACCGGUAUGUGCCAGACACACCCUCAGAGUUCGUUCUAGAUAUGCUGCUGUGUGUUUCCACAUAACCCAACCGUUGACUGAAAU